AUGUUCAACGUCGCCGCUUUGGGAUGCAGCACAACCGAGGGUCGGCAGUCGACGAAGCUGGCGGCCCGAAACGCGCUCAUCGCCACGGCCGCCCAGACCGGCGCUGCCGCGGCUGGCGUCGCCGGGACCGCCGCCAUGGCAUACUUUGCAAGUGGCGACGUGGGUAGCGACGAGGGCAGCUGCUCGACGGAUGACAUGGACAACGACAAAUGCUCAUCCUUUCCAUUGAAGUACCCCGGCCGCCCAAUGAAAGAUGCAAUCGUGGCGCACAUGCGCACAGGCGGCUUCAUGGGCCCCGCGCUGCCCAAGGCCCGCCAGGGCAAGGACAGGCCUCAGCUGUCGAAGAUUGAGGACGUAUACGAUCGAUUCGAAAAGCUGAAGGACGUCAGCCUCGACAAAAGGCAGCUUGGUCAGGCACUCCGCAAGCCGUCACGGCGCCGCGCCAACGGGAUGGGCGGCUUUAAAGCCGACUGUGAGGAUGGCGACGGCUGGCUCUGCGUACAACUAGAAAAAGUCGACUGGGCCGAGGCGUUCCAGUACGCGCAGCAGCGAUACUCGCUGAUGACGGCGCCAGAGCUUGGCCGCCUCUACUACCAGAACAUGCUCAAGGAGCGGCGGUUCGACGGCUGGGACGACGACGCGUCGAAGCGAGCGCCCGUCUACAAGUUCCCGAAGUGCGCGUUCGGCUUGUCGGUGACAAAGAUCGCUGAAAGGCAGGAGUGGCUAUCACGGUCGCAACACGAGGCCGACCGGGCCGUCACGGCCCGUGAGAGCAUCGACAACAAGGCCUACCUGGAGCUGGUACAGGAGAGCUUUGAGAAUCCUGCGCCCGGUGCGGCAAAAAAGCGCAAGGUGCACGCUAACAUGGUGCCCGAUGGCGAGGUCGGGACGCUGACUAUCUACGACCGAAUGGGGCCAUGGCAAUGCGAGUUUUCAUCGCUGCGCUUCUCGGAUUGGGGCCAUUCGGUUCGUGCCAACCCUGCUUACAAGGAGGGAUCCACCCAGGAAAACGAGAAGAAGAAGACCAUCACUGCGGGACGCGUCGAGCCAAACUCGUUGCCCUCAUGCAUGCUCAAAUAUAUCGAGGAUCCGGACACUGAUGCGUAUGCUACGUACCGCGAUCUUUCGUCCGAUGAGCGCAAAUCCAGGGUGUUCCAGACACUGAAUAACAUGAAGAGGAAAAGUGAUUUGGGCAAGCCAGCUGCCGGGACUCACGGCAUGGAAGGAAAGGUACGCAAGUCCAGCUGCGAGGGAGCCGCAACGAUGUUCAACUGUGGCUUCACGGUCGACAUUGGUGCAAUAACGGUCAUGUAUCGCGAUCUGCAUUAGUCGUGAGUAGUCGUAAUACUGUCGCUUGUUGUACGCAGAGGUUAGGCCACCGUGUUGCAAACGGGCGCCUGUGCUAGCCAUGUAGAGCGAGCGCGAGGGCGCGCCGGAGGGAGCACUCGAACUGCAUGUUCCGUGUUACACUCAGAAGAGAUGAGUCACUAUGCAUGUCUGUUUUCUUUCUUUCUUUGUUUAAAGGCGAGGGAGAGAUUUUU